AUGCGAGGCCCAUCAUCUGGCCCGAAUCCAGGGUUUGGCCCUGGUUCUGGGCCACCCCGAUUUGGAUUUUCUCACAACUCCGGGAAGCCUGGAAAUGUUCCCGGACCCGGAUUGAAUGAAGUAAGGCCAACUAUGGGGCCUACAGGACCAGCACAAAACACAGCUGGACCGUGGAAAAGGUAUUUUUCUCCCGAGGGUAAGCCCUAUUACUACAACACAGUGACCGGUGAAACGACUUGGACAGACCCGCUCGCACCGCCGUCCGCCGUACCUACAACUGGUAUGUUGCACUGCAUAAAGCUGUAG